AUGGCCAAAGUAAUAGCAGCUUGUUUCCUUAUCGGACUGGUUCUCACAGCUCUAUUCCUCGUGAUCUUCUUCAGCCCUCCGCAGUUUCCUUGCGUCACUCUCGUCUCCCUCAACGUGAGCAGGCUUAACUUCACCACAGCUCGUAUCUCCGGCUACGUCGAUAUGCAGUUUCAAGUUAUAAACGGUAACAUGUUGACUGAUUUCUCAUACGACGACGUUUACUGCUCAAUGUACCGCGGAAAACGGCUUCUGGCGUCGACCAUGUUCCCUGCCUUCUCUCAAAGAGCGUGGGAGACGAAGCCAAUCAACUUCACUGUCUAUCUCACUCCUCUAACUAGAGCCAGAGAAGUCGGUAAGGACCCAUAUGCUUUGGAAGAGUUCGAUGUGAAGCUGGUUACUUUCAUUAAAUGGCGAUUUGGGUCGUCCAAGUCCGUUAUGUUUUCAUGCGAUGAGGUGCCAGUGGGUCUCGUGCUUACCACUCCUGGUCACGGCAAGAUGAUUGGGCCAGCGAGGAACUGCGAGGUGUGUUAG